CAUUGGUUUAUUUUAAGUUGAAAGCAAAGGUUGAAAGCGAAAAGGAAGUAAUUUUAAAGCUUAUAUGUAUUAUUAUUUGAUUUGUAGUUGGUGACUGUGAUAGUAAAAGAAAUUCAGGAUUAUAUUUUGAUGAUUCGUCAUGUAUAUUUAUGUUUAACAGCGUAAUUCUCAGUUCAAGUGGUUCACAUUCACAAUGUUACGAACAGUUACCCGACUAACUCCUACGUUUAUCCCGUUUUUCCAAGCCCGACAUGAAAAUGAUUAUGACUUCAUAAAUACGAGGACAUCGAAACAACCAGAGACGGGAUGGGAAAGGGUAAAGAUGAUGUAUGCCAGAAAUGAACAUGAUGAAUUCUCAGUUGAAUUACAUACAGUGAUACAGUCGGCAAUGUCUGGUGCAUUUCUGGGAGCUGGUUUUGGCGGCUUUGUUAGAUCAAGAAAUGCUUAUGUGUAUUUUAUAGAAAACAAUCAAGCUACUAUUUUUAAAUCUACUAUGCAGGCUAAAAAAAAAUUACAAGAUUAUGUGACAGUUGCAUUUGCAAAAGGGGCAGUGCAGUGGGGUUGGAGGCUUGGUUUUUUUACUGGACUAUUUAGCACGCUGGCAACAACAAUAUCAGUGUACCGAGGUGACACUUCUCUUAUCGAGUAUGUUGCUGCGGGCACCAUCACGGGAGCUCUGUAUAAAGUCAAUCUGGGGUUAGCCGCCACUAUGGUUGGAGCUGGUCUUGGGUGUGUUUUAAGUACUGUCGCCGGAAUGGCUAUCCUCGGUAUUUUGAAGCUUACAGGAGUAUCAAUGGAUGAUAUUAGGAGAGCAUUACAUAAAAUUAAGGAGGCUAGGGAAGAGCAAAUGCACCAAGCUAUGGAAAAAUCAUGCGAGAUAAAGAAUGAUGCAAUCACAAAACAUCACCAAGCUAUUUUAGACGAAAGAGGAGAAAAGAAAAUUGAAGAAAUUAUGUGAAAAUAAUGAAAACUCUUAAGUGUAUAAAUUUUUGAUAAUUUCUGUUUUCGCUUUUUAUGUGGACAGAAGAUUGUUUUAGAAGAAUCUAAUUUAUUUUAACCUUUAGUCUGUGGCAGCGCUGUCAAAAAAUUACCCCCCUGUCUGUGGAAGCCAUUCCAAAAUUUUUACGAGUUUCGCCAGCAUUCAGUUUAUGAUGUAAAUUUCACUUUUUGUGCAUGGAACGUUAUAAUAAAGCGAUUGAUUACUAAAGCUAGAUAUAUUUCCUUGUUUAUGAACAAUAACACAAGCCUCGAAAUUAUUUGUAAAUAAAAUACGAGCUGCUUGAAUACGAAGUUUGAUCAAAAAUUCACUUGCACCAAUAUUAUGCAGUCAAUUAUUGUUUGUGCCAAAAGUCAUAGUCAAAAUCAAAGGAUAUGACCAUAAACUAGAAAAAUAGAGCUUUGUAAAGACAUAUCACACUACAUACUUUUAUCGCUUUAUAUUGAUCAAUUUUAUGAAAACAAUAUGACAAAAAAUUUUGGAAUGGCAAAAAAAUCGGUCAGUAAUAUCUGCGCUUGUGUGAGUGUAUUUCGUCUCUCAGUCGUCUGUGUACGAUAAGGAUCCUGACUCGGUUCUUGAACAGUCGUCUGUGUAUGAUACGGAUCCUGACUCGGUUGUUGAACAGUCGUCUGUGUAUGAUACGGAUCCUGACUCGUUUGUUGAACGGUACUCUGUGUAUGAUUAGGAUCCUGACACAUACAUAGGAUGUUUUAUUUUUGUUCAGGUAAGGUGUGAAAAUGAAAUAUGUCUAAUAGGUAUUUUUUUUAUUAUUUAGAUAUCACUUUAGUUAGAUUGAGAGAUAGAUAUCUACAUGUUAAAUCAUUUAUUUAUAUACAAUCAAAAACAACUGUUCUUAUUAUGGUUUAUAUGACCAAAAUAUUAUUCUUAUAAGAGCCGUAUUAUCACUAAUAAGGGUGCAGUGAUCCUUGUGGCGUCGCCUGGAAAGAUAAGAGGCCGUGAAGUUGACGUAGCUGAAGGAUUUGUUAAAUCCAUUUUAUCUAAAAAAAAAACAAUAAGUUAGUAAAAGAUCAUCCUGUAAGUUGUAUUUCAGAAAUAACGGUUUUGCCAUAGUAAAUUUGAAACAUGUGUACGUACACAGUGUCGGCCAUUUUUACUUGCGUGUGUGUGUGUGCACUUUUUAGUAAUGGUUUCAAUAAUUUACGUUUUGGUAAAUAUUUAUGAAUUAUUCAUACAAAGCAAUUUGAUAUUCAGAAUCUCCAUAAAAUUUCCUUCAAAAUAAUAUAAAAUAUGAGGUAUAUAAACAAGGCGUAAGUUUAGAAUAACUCAAAGAAAAACACGAAAAGUUAUUUGAGAUCUGUAGGUUACUUUUGAACUAAUAUAAUUCGUAAGUGAAUCACUUUGAGAACUUAUAAUUUAUAAAAAUUGACACUACAAUACAUAUAAAAUAAUAAAAUUGAACAUUUACUUACCUUUUUUAACAAUUUUCAGCUUAUUUUUCACUUUUAGUAUUCACUUUUGGUAGUUGAAGUAUCACUGGUCGAGACGGAAUUUCAACCGAUUUUUCUAGCGGAACUAUUGAACAUUUCAUCCGAAUGAUGAUUGUCUAUGAUAGAUCAUUUAUUCAAUUUUGUUCAAAACACAACAUUAUACCUUUUGCGAUAGAAUUAGAGUGGAUAAUUACGUAAAAAUAGGUAUCAGUCCUAUGGGUCAGGAUCCUAAUCACACACAUACGAGAGGGGUAGUCAGGAUCCUUAUCACACACAGAUCAAAGGUUAAUACUUAGCACUUGAAUGUAUAAAGUUGUAAAUACAGUUCUUGUUGAAA